ACAAUGUAUAUUUCAACCGGAAGUGUACGGGAUCUGCAAGUCGGAAGGUGGAAAGGUGGAAGGCGAGCGUGACGUAGCGUUGCGGCGCCGAUGACGGUGUUGUUGUUGAACUUGUCAAGUCUUUGCUGAUUGUGAUAGCCGACCACUUUAACACAAUACACGCUCGCACUCCACCCCGCCCUCCUCCGGGCAUGCCACCCACCCCGCCCCUCCCCACCCCCCACCCCCGUGGCCCCCGUGCACAGCAGGGUGGGGGGCGACAAGCGACAGAGGCGGAUGGCCUUGGCCACGCGGGACUGCUGGUUCCACGCGCGCCCUGUCUUCAUAUUCACACUGGACUUUUCCCUCGUCCGUCUUCCUCCGCUUCCGCGUCCCCCCCUUCCUCGCCCGUUCCGUCGAGGGGCCGCCUCCCGCCGGGGGGAGGAGAAGGAGCUUGGAGAGGCCGGAGGAGUCUUGCCGCAGGAGAAGAUAUUUGCUGCCUGGUCGAUGGCUUUCUUGCUGGCAACACAGCAACAUUUCUUUGUUAUUUGUGUGAUUAUUUCUUUUUGUCGCGGGAGGCUAAACAAGCGAGUGAAGCAUGGGUGACUGGAGCUUUCUGGGGCGGCUGCUGGAGAACGCUCAGGAACAUUCCACCGUGAUCGGAAAGGUCUGGCUGACCGUCCUCUUCAUCUUCCGCAUCUUGGUGCUGGGCGCGGCGGCCGAAGAAGUGUGGGGCGAUGAGCAGUCGGACUUCACCUGCAACACGCAGCAGCCCGGCUGCGAGAACGUCUGCUACGACGAGGCCUUCCCCAUCUCCCACAUGCGCUUCUGGGUGCUGCAGAUCAUCUUCGUGUCCACGCCCACCCUCAUCUACCUGGGACACGUGCUGCACAUCGUGCGCAUGGAGGAGAAGAGGAGGGAGCGGGAAGACGAGAACAGGAAGCUGGGGCGGCACCUGGAAGACCACGACCCCCUGUACCACAACGGAGACGGAGGGGGUGGCUGGAAGAAGGAGAAGCCGCCCAUCCGUGAUGAGCACGGCAAGAUCCGCAUCCGUGGGGCGCUGCUGAGGACCUACAUCUUCAACAUCAUCUUCAAGACCCUGUUUGAGGUGGGCUUCAUCCUGGGGCAGUACUUCCUGUAUGGCUUCCACUUGAGACCGCUCUACAAGUGCCGCCGCUGGCCCUGUCCCAACACCGUGGACUGCUUCAUAUCCAGGCCGACAGAGAAGACCAUCUUCAUCAUCUUCAUGCUGGCGGUGGCCUGCGUGUCUCUGGUGCUCAACCUGCUGGAGAUCUAUCACCUGGGUUGGAAGAAAGUCAAGCAGGGCGUCACCAACGAGUUUGCCACCGACAACGAGUCGCUGCUGCUGGGCGCCGUGCGAGGCGGCGACCCCAAGACUCUUCCCAAGGAGGUCGGGCCACCCGCGGUGGACCGCUUGCCCACCUACGCCAGCGUGAGCGUGGCCGGGGCCAGCGAGGCCGAGGGCGAGGGCGGCGGCGACAGUCCCAACGAGGUGGUCUCCUUGAGUCCCGAUGUGACAAGCGGUUCUGCCAAGUUGGCCCGCGCCAUGCUGCACCCGGACGACCUCCUGUUGGAGUCUUUCUACGGCGGCGGUCGGCUGACGGCUGAGGAGCAGAACUGGAGCAACACAGUGCUGGAGCUGCGCGACGCAGAUGGGAAAAACUCCAAUCCCCCUCCCUCGCCGCGGAUCUCCUCCUCCGAGGAGGAGGAAGAGGAGGACACGACGACUCCUCCUCCGCCCGAGGCGCAGCACUCCACCUUUCCCACGCUCCCCUGCCACGCCCGCCUCUACCUCCUCUCGCUGGAGGAGGCUUUGGCCAGCAAGGAGAAAGCGUUGCCGGGCGACCACGUCACCGUGGUCACCAAGGCCCAGAUGCAUCAGCCCCCCGACGUGCCAAAGCCAAGGAGCGGCGGCGCCCGAGCUCGCCCCGACGACCUGGCAGUGUAGCGACGCCGUGUCAACGCAAGCCGCGAUGUCGAUAUUUUAGUCUGGACGUGACCUCCACCCAGGUCCGCUCGCCCCAUCAGUGCCAGAGUACUCCCCCCCCCCCACCCUCGCCUCUCCCGUGUACCUUCCUUUUUCAUCAUCUAAUGCUUCAGAAACAAAACCCUGUGGCUGCCGUGUUCACCACCGUGGGCGCAAAGGUCGCUUACGCUUCGUGGUUUUCCUGGGAGA